AUGGUCAAUGAAGCUGGUCAAGUGACGUGGAACAUCACAACUGUCCUAAGUUAUUUCCACAAGAUCGAGUAUGCUCUGCAGACAUACCAGACCUUGCCAGAAAUAAUUGAGAUAUGCCUUGUAAUGUCACGAUCACAGUCAGACACGGAAAAAGCAGGAAAGUUGAUGAAGGACAUCUCUGACAAACGGUUCGGUGGCAAGUUCAAUGAAGCCCAUCACGAGAAAGGAAAAAGAGACAGGGUGAAUGAGGAAACUUUCCUUUAUGAAAAUUCUGUUCCCUUGCAUUCCUUGCCACUCCACGAACUAUCACAAGAAUGGGCUAAAAACACUUGCCUGCAAUAA